CAACAAAACAUAGAUUUUCACUAAUAAAAACAAAAACAAAUCCAAAAAAAUAAAAAAUGAUUUGUUCCUCUAGCUUACACAUGUCCAAUAUUCCUCCUGCAUCAUCUCUUGCUGACUCCGGUUCAGGCACCAGAACUCCGGCAAGCUCUGAAACUUCCUAUGAACCUCAGCCACAGCCACAGGUUCAAAGGAUUAAAGCUAGCCCUCAGCUAAACCGGUGGUCCAGAGCUCGAAGCAUCCGGUCAGGAAGAAAACUAGACCGGCCGGUUCAUGAAUUACGCACUAAGUCCGGUUCACCGGUUCGGAGUGAAGAGGGAAUUGAGUUGCCUAUGCGUGGAAGCCAGUCUAGUUCGUCUGAGGAUGAGCGGGAGGUUAACGGAGGGAAGUCGAUAUUUAUUGUGUCUGAUGGAACUGGAUGGACGGCGGAACAUGCUGUUAAUGCAGCGUUAGGACAGUUUGAUUAUUGCUUAGUUGAUCGUGUUUGUGCUGUGAAUACUCACUUGUUCUCUGGGAUUGAUGACGUUGAUCAAUUAAUGGAGAUAAUAAAGCAAGCAGCCAAAGAAGGGGCAAUGGUUGUUUAUACUUUAGCUGAGCCUUCCAUGGCUGAAUCUGCCAAACAAGCAUGUCAACACUGGGGUGUAGAAUCUAGCGAUAUACUGGGCCCACUUACAGACGCAAUUGGUGGCCAUCUAGGUGUUUCACCUUCCGGACUCCCUCGCUGGUCCCCGGAGAGGGAAAAAACUCCUCUCAGCGAGGAAUACUUCAAAAGGAUUGAAGCAAUUGAAUUUACCAUAAAGCAAGACGAUGGCGCCUUGCCGCGAAACCUACACAUGGCUGAUAUAGUUCUAACCGGUGUUUCACGAACUGGGAAGACACCGCUGUCUAUUUAUCUAGCACAGAAAGGAUAUAAAGUAGCUAAUGUGCCAAUUGUCAUGAAUUUAGAGUUACCCAAGACUCUCUUUGAAAUUAACCCGGAAAAGGUAUUUGCUUUGACUAUAAAUCCUGUUGUUCUGCAAUCCAUCAGAAGAGCAAGAGCUAAGACUCUGGGUUUUGAUGGAGAACUAAAGACCAACUAUUGUGACAUGGAUUACGUGAAACAAGAUUUGGAAUACGCGGGGAAAAUUUUUGCCCAAAACCCUGUCUGGCCAGUGAUAGAAGUUACAGCUAAAGCUAUUGAAGAAACAGCUGUUAUUGUUCUGAGACUUUACCAUGACAGAAAGAACAGGUGUUCAAUGCCAAGAAUUUCCAAACGCUAUUAAACCGUUGGUCUCAAGCAUUGAUGGAUCAGAUCUCGAGGUUCGAAAAAGACAAUACUUGAAAGCCAAGGCAUCUUCUUUGGGCUGGCAAUGCCAGAGCAAAAAACGUGCUAUGGUUACAACUUAUGAAUAACAGGUGUUAUACAUUUUGCUUAUAUUGUACAGUACUCCACGUAGUUUGCGCACAUAAUAGGUAAUGUUAACUCUUCCUGCACCUCAAAUAAAUGUUGCAACAAUAUCAACUCUGAAUAUAAUAGCUAAUGUUGUUGCA